UCCCCGCUCCCCCGACCCGGCGACUCGGCGAGCCCCCCUCCCGAUUCAACACAGCAGGCAGGAAUAGGCGGCGGCGGCCCCUGGCGAGGCAGCGACGAGCAAGCAAAGGCCGGCGGCAGCCCGCACCCCACAGGUGCUACGCGGCGGCCGGCGGCUAGUCCGAGUGCUCGCCGUAUCGCUAGGCGCCUAGGUGCUCCCGGUCCGCACGCCACCAAGGGCCUCCGCCUACGCGGCGGCACACUGUGGCUGGCGCGGGUGCGCGGCUCCACCUUCGCCAGGCGCCAGCGUUAGGGCGGGCCGGCGGCCGGCGGGCGCAGCGCGGCCAGGCCUGAGUGCGGCACGGCGGUUGUUGGGCUCUGCAGGCUGUGGCUGCCGGGCUGUGCGGCACCGACAUCCGAGCAAAGCGAGACAUCAAGCAAGCAAUUGAGCCAGUGAUAGUGGGCCAACAAGAUCCAAAAAUUUGCCGUGAAAGUUUGCCAUUGCAAUUUGCGAAUACUUUUGGCGCGCCAAGAAGCUCCGGCGCAGAUCCUUAUCGAUCCGCGCCUUUUCUCCUUACUUGCCGCACGCCAAGAAUCUCCGGCGGCCAACUGCUCCGACCGUCCCGAAGUUGGAUCUCCCUCCCCGAGCCGUGCCAAGAAGCUCCGGCCGUGUACUACUCCGACCAUCACCGAGCUGUUCCUCCCUCCCCGACCCGCGCCAAGAACACCCGGUGCAGAUCAUUGUGACGUUUGAUAGGCAUGUUGUGAUGUGUUUUGCUUCUUAUGCGGUUCCAUGCUCAUGAUCCCUGGUAAAGCAUGCAUGGUUAGUAUUUACCCACUCUGCCCUUCCCCCAGGCGCGGAUGGAGCGGAAGUUCUACGAGAAGUAUACCUCGCUCAAGAAGCGGAAGCUGCUGGACGAGGGGUUGGAGCGGAAGCGGGAGGAGGAGCUCAAGGAGCUUUAUGAUGCCAUGAAGGAUUGGGUCCGCGGCCUCGAAAAAGAUAAAGAGGAGCUCAGUGAGAAGCUGGCGGACAAGGAGGAUGAGCUUGAGAAGGCCCGUCAGGAUUUCCUUGCAGAUAUUUGGGCAAGGGACAGUGAAAUUCUGAGGCUUAAGCAGCUCUUGGAUGAGAAGACCGAAAAAAACAACUCUACGGCUACUAGGUCUGUGGACCAAACACCUGAACUUGUCCAUGAAAAUCCAACUCGAAUGUCGCCUAGAAGGAAGACACCACAGUCAAACAUGAAGGCAAAGAGGGUACAGUUGAGUGAAAGUACUGUCAUUCCUCACAGUGGCCUUGAGGAGGAAUCUCAAGAGCUACAAUGCUCUAGAAGAUAUACAUGCAUCUCAGGGAACGAGACAAACGAAUGUCCCAGCGCUGAUAUGUUUCACUUGCUGCUUCAAUCUUUAGUUCGCAUGAAGGUCACAGUAGAUGAUGGAACAGAAAGAUUUUCGGUUUCAGUCUCCCAUGAAGCUACUGGUUAUAAUUUCACCCUCACAUGGUUAGAGAAACCUGGUGAAUGGUCAUAUAAGCUGUCUUCAUUGGGCACCCUGGAAAGGAUAGCCGUCAAUUGGAUGAAGCAAGACAUAAGAUUCAGCAUGAACAUGUUCCGUCUGUUCUUCGAGCGGAUAUCAAACAUCAUCACUAAAGGGUGACCGCGUGCUUCAUUAGAGCUAUAGCUACCUCAGCUUGCCUCUGGAUGUGUAAAACGAAGCUGCUGAACUUGAAGCUGCAAACCUCUGGAUGUGAAAAGAUGACCUCUGGAUGUAAAAAAGAAAUAUUGAAGUGCUAUCUUGUGGCAUAACUGUUUUGCUGUCUGUCUUCUUUAAUCGAGCUUACAAAUGGUUCAUAGGUGACAGUUGUUGCCAUGGCAUAUCCCUUCAUUAUGUCACCUAAUGUGACCGUCAGUUCAUGGUUCCAGAUGUUAAUCACUUAAUGCACAGGUUUGGCAGGAAA